AACAAAGUAAUGGCGGCCUUUGAAAUUGUAAAUCCGUCAUAUCCUGCGACCGCACGGUUUGUCAAUGCCUCGAAGGUGCAACUUGAGAUUGGCGCACCAGAAGAUGGAGAUGAACCAGAUUGGAACAUAUUAAUUCCGAAGUUUGGCUUCCCCAUCUUUCAGUUAGAAGACAACAAUUACUAUGUUUUGAUCAAGCACAUAGCAGAGAUUUUGAACUUUCCAUCUUCAUACCAAUUAAUUGCUGCUUUUGUUGCUCGGUCUGGAUUACCAAAAGACGUGUUCACACUUACCACCUCCAAAGAAUUAAAUUCAUAUCUUCUGAAGAGCAAUGCAAUAACUAAGAGUGAGGUUAGAUUCAAACUAUUUUAUGCAAAAUUAGACACAAUUUAUUCCAUUAUAAAGAACAAGGAGUCCCUUUUUGUGGAAGUGCCCGUACCAUCAAAAGAUGAAGCUUCUGUACCAGAAGUUAAAAAAGUGGAAGAAAAAGCUAGCCAAGACCCUAGCAAAGCGGCAAACGAUGAAGAUGAUGAAGAUGAUGAUGAAAAUGGCAAUGACAAAGAAGAUGAAGAUGAAGAUGAUGAGGAGGAGGAGGAUGAUGAGGAGGAGGAGGAGGAGGAAAAGAUAGUAGUGAACAAGAGAUCCGACUAUAAAGCGGCUAGCCCGAAUGAAAAGGUUACUGUUAGUCAGGCAUUUCCACAAUACGGCUUAGUGGAUUCAUCACUUCAAUUGAACCAUGCCACUUUUAAUUCAUUAAAUUCUUUGACAAAAUUAAACUACUACAAGACCUUGCAGGCUUCCUCUUAUAAAUUCUUGCCCAAUUCGAAAUUGAACUUCGCUGAACGAGAAUUAGUAAUAAGAGACCACGAUUAUUUGGAAAUCCAAAUUGAGGGUGAUGAAAAUGAGCAACAGGAUAGGAAAAGAAUUCGGAAACCUAUUGGCAAGUCGAAAAAACAUAAUAUCAACAUUGAUCCAAAUUCCAUGGAUUUAGCUGAAUCUGUAAUUCCUGGUCAAGGCUACAUACAAGAAUUCAGUGUGAAUCAUUUAUGCAAGGUUCCGAACUACUACAUUACUAGUAACCAACAGAACGUAUCGUCGUCAUCAUCUUCAACUUCAUUAUUUAAUUUAAAAAGGAUUAAUUCUGCUUCAAAUUCAUCCUUCCUCUUUAAUGAAAACAUCAAGAUGUCGAAAAACAUUCAACAGUUGGUUUUCAGCAAUGAUAGCGAUACUUAUCAUCACUCCAAGUAUUUCUAUACGAAGAGUUAUAGGGGCCCUGGUUCGGGUAACUAUAAGGAUGCCGCAUUGAUGAAUAGAAUCAAUAAAAUCCAUUUGAUAGCGGAUCCCCUUAGGGUCACGCACAAAACGAAGAUUUCAAAACUGGCUUCUAAGCGUUAUAAUCAGAAUCUAAAGGGUUUGAUUUAUGAAAAGUACAACAAAUAUUGGGUAGAUUCCGUGUUGAAUAAGCAAAGAAAGUAUACUGAGGACUAUUUGAAUUUGGAAAUUUUACACAAUAAUUUACAAUUUAAUUUGUUAGUUAAUUCCUAUCGUGAAAUUUCUGAGGAUACUUGGCAGAACUACUAUAAAUUCAAAACUCUGGAUUAUGAACAAUUGCGUGCUUUACAAAGGGAGCAUGAUGAGAUAGAGCUUCGCAACCGGGAUAUCGAAAAAAGACGUGAAUGGGAAUUACAUGAGAGGGAAAGACAAGAGAAGUUGCGCAGUUUGGUAGAACAGACAAGGACCGAAAAAGAAAAUAUCCAAAGAGAGCGUAUCCAAAGGCAGAAAGACAGUGAAGAGAAGAGAAGGCAGAGGCAACUAGAGGCUACGUUUAAUGAUCCCUUCAGUAAUGAAAGCAGUUCCAGCAUCCCCGAAGUGUCUACAUCUGAUUUGGACGAGAAAGAAAGGGAACUAGAUGAAAAGUUUCAGACUGAAAAAUUGGAAUUGGUUCAUCCCGCUCCACUUCCAAUGCCCAUCGAAACUCCUCAGCUAGAUGCUGUGAAUCGAUUUACUGCACCAACUUUCUAUCCUGAAAUUGUAAAGAAACUUCCUAUGGGAUUACGCAAGGCUGUGCUUCAUAAUAAGGAAGAUAUUCCUGCCAUCAAGAAACCUGUCCGGUAUGUAACCACUUACCCCGAUAAGAACAACCCUGAAAUAUUGAACAGAAUCGAGAUUUUGAAAUUGCCCAAUUCUAACUCCGUAGGGUGGGAUAACUUGAAGAAAUUUCAUGAGGACUGAUGUAUGAUUUUGUUAGUUGAACUUCAUUACUAGAGUAUUAGAUGUAAUUUAAAUUUGUUAAUGUACUCAUAAGC